CAUAGCUUUUGUGUCACUCUUUUGGGCUUUUUGGCCAUUCCAUUCCAUGUACAGCAGCAACGCCAUUAGCCCCGCCCGGCCCCCAAAGUGUACUCUUCGGUUAGCACCUACCAUGCUUGUCUUCUUCUCGCUGCUCCUCGCCGUCGCCUCGCCGGCGCCGGCGGCCGGCGACGACGGGGGAGCCGUGCCGGUGCUCAACCCCAUCUCGUCGUUCUGUAACUCGACGGCCGUCAAGCGGACCUACCUGCCCAACAGCACGUUCGAGGCCAACCUGAACGGCCUCUUCGCGGUGCUGUCCAAGAACGCCUCGGUGUCCGGCUACGCGGCGGGGGCGUUCGGCGCCGCGCCGGACACGGCGUACGGGCUCGUGCUCUGCCGCGGCGACUUCACCGGCACCGACUGCUCCGCCGCGGUGCUGGCGUCGUCGUUCCAGGACGCGGCGGGCAGCUGCAUGUACAGCAAGGACGUGACGGUCUACCACGACCAGUACCAGCUCCGGUACUCGGACCAGGACGUCCUCACCGGCGCCGUCAACUCGCCGGAGACGGCCGCGUGGAACAUGAACAACGUCUCCGACCCCAGCAACGUGGCCGCCUUCGACGCCCUGGUGGCGCAGCUGGUGAACGCGGUGGCCGACAAGGCGAGCAACGCCAGCAGGAGGUACGCCGGGGGGCAGGCCGGGUUCGAGCCAGAGAUGAUGAACAUCUACGCCAUCGCGCAGUGCACGCCGGACCUCUCGCCGGCGCAGUGCCGGAGCUGCCUCGCCGGCAUCAUCGGCCAGAUGCCCAAGUGGUUCAGCGGCCGCGUGGGCGGGAGGAUCCUCGGCGUGCGGUGCGACUUCAGGUACGAGAAGGAUCUCUUCUUCAAGACCACCAACGACAUGGUGCUGCUCACCCCUCUCCCGGCUCCGCCACAAGGGAGCAGCGGCGGCAGCAGCAGCACUGGGAUUUGGAUCGUGGCAAUAGUUGUCCCCGUCGCCGUGCUCCUCUUGGGGUUCUUGGGAUGCUUCCUGUGGAUCAGGAGGCGAAGAAGGAGAGUGAUCAACAUGUCAGGGGCGGUGAGCAUGCCGACCAUGUCCAUGGAGAUGGAGCAGGUGCUCAAGCUGUGGAGGAUCGAGGAGAGCGGCUCCGAGUUCUCGCUCUUCGACUUCGACCAGAUCGCCGACGCCACCGACAACUUCUCUGACGCCAACAAGCUCGGCCAGGGCGGCUUCGGCCCUGUCUACAAGGGCGAACUGCCUGAUGGGCUUGAGAUAGCCAUCAAGAGGCUCUCGUCUUGCUCAGUGCAGGGGCUGAUGGAAUUCAAGACAGAGAUCCAGCUGAUAGCCAAGCUGCAGCACACCAACCUGGUCAGGCUGCUGGGCUGCUGCGUCCAGGCUGAGGAGAAGAUGCUCAUCUACGAGUACAUGCACAACAAGAGCCUGGAUUGCUUCAUCUUUGACACUGAAAAGGGGGCGACGCUGAACUGGGACAAACGCUUCCGUAUAAUCGAUGGCAUUGCGCAGGGGCUUCUUUACCUGCACAAGCACUCUCGGUUGCGAGUUAUACACAGGGAUCUGAAGGCAAGCAACAUACUGCUGGACCGGGAGAUGAACCCCAAAAUCUCAGAUUUUGGGAUGGCAAGGAUAUUCUGCUCGAAUGUGACAGAAGCCAACACAACCCGGGUUGUAGGCACACAUGGUUACAUCGCUCCGGAGUACGCUUCCGAGGGUCUCUUCUCGAUCAAAUCCGACGUGUUCAGCUUCGGCGUCCUGCUUCUCGAGAUCAUAAGCGGGAAGAGGACUGCCGGAUUCUACCAGUACGGCAAAUUCUUCAACCUUACAGGAUAUGCGUACCAGCUCUGGCAAGACGGGCAAUGGCACGAGCUGGUGGACCCGGCCCUGGGGGAGGACUUCCCGGCGGCGGAGGUGAUGAAGUGCGUGCAGGUGGCGCUGCUAUGCGUCCAGGACAGCGCCGACGACCGGCCCAACAUGUCCGACGUGAUCGCCAUGCUCGGCAGCGAGGGGGUGACGAUGCCGGAGCCGAGGCAGCCGGCCUACUUCAACGUCAGGAUCUCCAGCUUGGCCGUGUCGUCGAGCUCCUUCGGCGAGUCGUACUGCAUGAGCAACGUGACGCUGAUGGACGAGGAAGGAAGAUAGCGUUCGCAGGGGCACAUUAAUCAUGUAGUAGGUUGUAGGAGUGAUUAAUCACGAUUGGUAAACCCCUAGCUUGACAAUUGUAUAUGAUUUGUUUUGAUCAGACACAUACAAAUGGAAUUCUACAGAACAGGAUGACAGUGAAUGCAAGAAACGGACAUGCCCCAACAUCAAAGUAGAGUAAUUUAACGAUCUUUGUAAUGAGAUAUCACGAGAUACCAAAAUUUUAGUGUAAAAUUUGAAA